CCCAGAUUUCAUCUUGUGCAAGAUCCUCCACUUUAUAAUUAAAAUAAAACCCCUUCUCACCUUCCCAAAUCCCAAUAUUAACAGAAACCGCAAACAGCAGAAGAAGAAGAAGAAGAAAUACUGAUAAAUUUUGCCUCAUUGGAUUACCAUUUCUGUAGCAAUUUUCUUCCUCAUCUUGAUGAUCUUCUUCCAUCACUGAAUAAUCUCCGAUAAUUUCUUCCGUCCCUGUGUAUCUGCAUCGCCAUGAUCUCAGUGCAUGGCGACCGCCACCACCACACUGGUUCGGCUGCCACAUCUCGGCCGCUGUUCACCGGAGAUCGCAUUGAGCCGUUCUCCAAUAAGCCCGAGCCUUCCUCGCGCAGUCUCCUGGCGUUGAAUGGUCAUGAUUCUACUGAAGUGGGUGCUGACUUGCAUUUAUCACUUGCACACCAAAUGUACAAGGCUGGCAACUAUAAGCAAGCGCUAGAGCAUAGUAACUCUGUCUAUGAGAGAAAUCCACUACGCACUGACAACUUAUUGCUCAUGGGUGCAAUUUAUUACCAGUUGCAUGAUUUUGAUAUGUGUAUUGCAAAAAAUGAAGAAGCACUUAGGAUUAAGCCACAAUUUGCUGAGUGUUAUGGGAACAUGGCAAACGCAUGGAAAGAAAAAGGAAACAUUGAUCUUGCAAUUCACUACUACGUGCUUGCCAUCGAUGUUAAUCCCAAUUUUUCUGAUGCAUGGUCAAAUUUGGGUAGUGCAUACAUGAGUAAAGGAAGACUUGCUGAUGCAUCACGGUGUUGUCGCCAAGCACUAGCUAUAAAUCCUCUAAAGGUUGAUGCCCAUAUCAACUUGGGGUAUCUAAUGAAAGCUCAAGGGUUGGUGCAAGAAGCAUAUAGUUGUUACAUUGAGGCAUUGCGCAUUCAACCUACCUUUGCUAUUGGAUGGUCAAAUCUUGCCGGUCUGUUCAUGGAGUCUGGUGAUUACAAGAGAGCCCUUCAGUAUUAUAAGGAAGCAUUGAAACUCAAACCUUCCUUUCCUGAAGCAUUUCUGAACCUGGGGAAUGUAUACAAGGCUUUGGGGAUGCAUCAAGAAGCUAUUGCAUGUUACAAACAUGCUCUUCAGACACGACCAAACUAUGCUAUGGCUUAUGGUAAUUUGGCCGGUACAUAUUAUGAGCAAGGGCAACUGGAUAUGGCAAUUCUACACUAUAAGCAAGCUGUUUCUUGUGACCCCAGAUUUUUGGAAGCUUACAAUAGUUUGGGAAAUGCGCUAAAAGAUGUUGGCAGAGUGGAGGAAGCAAUCCAGUGCUUCAAUCAAUGCCUUGCCUUGCAAUCUAACCACCCUCUAGCACUGGCCAAUCUUGGAAAUGUAUACAUGGGAAGGAACAUGAUGUCUGCUGCUGCUUCAUAUUACAAGGCUACACUAAGUGUGACUACUGGAUUGUCUGCUCCUUAUAACAACCUCGCCAUGAUAUACAAGCAGCAGGGGGGGGGGGGGGGGGGCAUAUCGUGCUACAAUGAGGUUAUCCGCAUUGAUCCCUUGGCAGCUGAUGGGCUUGUAUAUAGGGGCAAUACAUAUAAGGAGAUUGGUAGAGUUAGUGAAGCUAUUCAAGAUUAUAUAUGUGCAAUUACUGUCAGGCCCACUAUGGCUGAAGCCCAUGCUAAUUUGGCUUCAGCAUAUAAGGACAGUGGGCAUGUAGAGUCUGCUGUGAAGAGUUAUAGACAGGCAUUGAUUCUUCGUCAAGACUUUCCUGAAGCAACUUGUAAUCUCCUACAUGCACUUCAGUCUGUCUGCAGUUGGGAGGAUCGUCAUACAAUGAUCGGUGAAGUGGAAGGGAUUAUCAGGAGGCAAAUUAAUAUGUCAGUUCUUCCUAGUGUCCAGCCAUUCCAUGCAUUAGCAUAUCCAUUUGACCCAAUGCUUGCUCUGGAAAUCAGUCGUAAAUAUGCUGCACACUGCUCCUUAAUUGCAUCUCGUUUUGCUCUUCCUCCGUUCAGCCAUCCUCCGCCUAUUCCAAUCAACAAUGAGGGAGGAUAUGAGAGACUUAGGGUUGGGUAUGUGAGUAGUGACUUUGGUAAUCACCCCUUGUCACAUCUCAUGAGAUCUAUUUUCGGCAUGCACAACAAGAAAAAUGUUGAGGUGUUCUGCUAUGCCUUGAGUCCAAAUGAUGGUACUGAAUGGAGACAAAGUAUUCAGUCUGAAGCAGAGCACUUUGUGGAUGUAUCUGCCAUAUCAUCUGAUACCAUAGCAAAAAUGAUUAACAAGGAUAAGAUACAUAUACUUGUCAACCUUAAUGGUUACACAAAGGGUUCCAGAAAUGAGAUAUUUGCUAUGCAACCUGCCCCAAUUCAAGUUUCAUAUAUGGGAUUCCCGGGGACAACAGGGGCUACUUACAUAGAUUACUUGGUCACCGAUGAGUUUGUUUCACCACUACGGUUUGCGCAUAUUUAUUCUGAGAAGCUCGUCCAUCUUCCCCAUUGCUACUUUGUAAAUGAUUACAAACAGAAAAAUCAGGAUGUUUUAGAUCCAAAAUGCCAGCACAAACGAUCAGACUAUGGUUUACCUGAAGAUAAAUUUUUAUUUGCAUGCUUCAAUCAACUGUACAAGAUGGAUCCCGAAAUCUUUAAUACAUGGUGCAAUAUUCUUAAACGAGUACCCAAUAGUGCACUUUGGCUCGUGAGAUUUCCUGCAGAAGGUGAAAUGAGACUGAGGGCAUAUGCUGCUGCACAAGGGGUACAGCCAAAUCAGAUUUUUUUCACUGAUGUAACAAUGAAGAAUGAACACAUAAGGCGAAGUGCUCUAGCAGACUUAUUUCUUGACACGCCUUUAUGCAAUGCACAUACAACAGGAACAGAUAUAUUAUGGGCAGGUUUGCCGAUGGUGACUCUUCCUCUUGAGAAAAUGGCUACUAGAGUUGCUGGGUCACUCUGUCUUGCCACGGGACUUGGGGAGGAGAUGAUUGUUAGCAGCAUGAAAGAGUACGAAGACAAGGCAGUAUCGCUGGCUUUGAAUCGCGCAAAGCUUCAAGCUCUUACUAAUAAGCUCAAAGCAGUCCGCAUGACUUGCCCUCUGUUUGACACAGCCCGCUGGGUGAGGAAUCUCGAAAGAGGAUAUUUUAAAAUGUGGAAUUUGCAUUGCUCUGGUCAACGUCCUCAGCAUUUUAAGGUCACUGAAAAUGAUCUGGAAUGUCCUUAUGAUAGAUAGAUCUAGGAAUUAGAUGGGAGUGUAGAUAAGAAAUCAAGAGAAAGUAGUAAUUACUUGCAAUGUGGAUGGAUUCCGAGUAAUUCAGGUCAGAACAAUUGUGUCCUACUUU